AGGCGGCGGCGGCCGUAGCCGCUGCCUGAGAGUUGUUGUUUCCUCCUCCUCCUCCUCCGCCUCCGCCGCCGUUGCUUGAAUGGUGGAGCCGAGGCUCGGCUCGUGAACACACACUGACAGCUAUAGGGCAGGCGGCGGCACCAUCCCCGCUUCCCCUCGGCGGCGGGGUGUCCCGCCGGCGGCCCCGAAGUGACCCAUAAACAUGUCUUGUGAGAGGAAAGGCCUCUCGGAGCUGCGAUCGGAGCUCUACUUCCUCAUCGCCCGGUUCCUGGAAGAUGGACCCUGUCAGCAGGCGGCUCAGGUGCUGAUCCGCGAGGUGGCCGAGAAAGAGCUGCUGCCCCGGCGCACCGACUGGACCGAGGAGCAUCCCAGGACCUACCAGAAUCUGGUGAAAUAUUACAGACAUUUAGCACCUGAUCACUUGCUGCAAAUAUGUCAUCGACUAGGACCUCUUCUUGAACAAGAAAUUCCACAGAGUGUUCCUGGAGUACAAACUUUAUUGGGAGCUGGAAGACAGUCCUUGUUACGCACAAAUAAAAGCUGCAAACAUGUUGUGUGGAAAGGAUCUGCAUUGGCUGCAUUGCACUGUGGAAGACCACCCGAGUCACCAAUUAACUAUGGUAGCCCACCCAGCAUCGCGGAUACGUUAUUUUCAAGGAAGCUGAAUGGGAAAUACAGGCUAGAGAAACUUGUUCCAACUGCUGUGUAUCAGCACAUGAAAAUGCAUAAACGAAUUCUUGGACACUUGUCAUCUGUGUACU